AUGGAUCUGAUUCAAUCUUACGACGGAGGAGAAGACGUUUCUUCUUCGCCGGAAUCUUCGCCGCCGCGGAUGUUAAAGGCGAAAUCAUCAGCACCGGAAGUAGACGAUACAGCACUAGCUCUCACGGUGGCUAACGUGAAUCAAGCGAAAUCGAAACCGAUCAAUCCGACCCAACACGUCGUUGCGUUUAACCCUACCUAUGAGCAGCUUUGGGCUCCGAUUAACGGACCUGCGCAUCCGUACGCUAAAGACGGGAUCGCACAAGGGAUGCGGAACCAUAAGCUAGGGUUUGUGGAAGAUGCUUCGAUUGGCUCCUUCGUGUUCGAUGAGCAGUACAACACUUUUCACAAGUACGGUUACGCGGCGGAUCCGUCCGGGAUGAAUUACAUCGGCGACGUAGAGGCGUUGAAGCAGAACGACGGUGUUUCGGUUUAUAAUAUCCCUCAGAGCGAGCAGAAGCGGAGGAAGAUUGAGAAGAAUAAGGAAGAGAGAGAAGGGGAGGAGAAUAAGGAAGAGAUUGAGCCGGAAGCUGAGAAUCCGGCGACGGAAGCGUGGCUUUUGAAGAAUAGGAAAAGUCCAUGGUCAAGGAAGAAGGAGGUUGUUCAGGGAGAGUUAACGGAGGAGCAGAAGAAGUAUGCAGAGGACCACGCGAAGAAGAAGGAAGAGAAGGGACAACAAGGUGAAGCUAAAGGAGAGCAUUAUGCAGACAAGAGUACUUUCCAUGGUAAGGAAGAGAAAGAUUAUCAAGGAAGGUCAUGGAUUGAGGCUCCUAAAGAUGCAAAGGCUAACAAUGAUCAUUGUUACAUACCAAAACGUCUUGUUCAUACAUGGAGUGGUCACACGAAAGGUGUUUCUGCUAUUAGGUUCUUCCCAAAGCAUGGACAUUUGCUUCUCUCUGCAGGUAUGGAUUGUAAGGUUAAGAUUUGGGAUGUGUAUAACUCUGGUAAAUGUAUGAGGACUUACAUGGGUCAUGCUAAAGCUGUGAGGGAUAUUUGCUUCUCUAAUGAUGGGACUAAGUUCUUAACUGCUGGGUAUGAUAAGAACAUUAAGUAUUGGGACACGGAAACCGGACAAGUUAUAUCGACUUUCUCGACUGGGAAGAUCCCGUAUGUUGUUAAGCUGAAUCCGGAUGAUGACAAGCAGAAUAUCUUGUUGGCUGGUAUGAGUGAUAAGAAGAUUGUUCAGUGGGAUAUUAAUACAGGGGAGAUUACGCAAGAGUAUGAUCAGCACUUGGGGGCAGUUAAUACAAUCACAUUUGUGGACAAUAACAGAAGAUUUGUCACGUCAAGCGAUGACAAGUCUCUCCGUGUGUGGGAAUUUGGGAUACCGGUGGUUAUCAAGUAUAUUAGUGAACCUCAUAUGCACUCUAUGCCUUCCAUUUCUGUUCACCCGAAUGGAAAUUGGCUUGCGGCACAGAGUUUGGACAACCAGAUUCUGAUCUAUAGUACCCGAGAAAGGUUUCAGCUGAAUAAAAAGAAGAGGUUUGCAGGGCACAUUGCUGCUGGUUAUGCUUGCCAAGUUAAUUUCUCGCCAGAUGGGCGGUUUGUAAUGUCGGGAGAUGGUGAGGGUAAAUGCUGGUUUUGGGACUGGAAGAGCUGCAAAGUCUUCAGGACUCUUAAAUGUCACAAUGGAGUAUGCAUUGGAGCCGAGUGGCAUCCUCUGGAACAGAGUAAAGUCGCAACUUGUGGUUGGGAUGGCUUGAUUAAGUACUGGUAA